UUAUUAUUAAUGACGUUACUACGAAUCGGUUUUGAAUACAUGCUCGAAGCUCGAAUAAGUUAAACGCCAGAAAACAUCUUUAUUUUGAAUUUGAAAUUGAGAACGAAUUUGAAAUUCUAGAUUGGGUAGGGAUAUUUAAACAUUUAUCAUGGUUAGGGAGGAAAUCGGUCAAAGGAAGAAAAAAAAUAAAAAGACUGAAGAUGAAGAAAUGGGAUUCGGAGAUUGGGGUGGUUAUAUGGAAGCCAAACGAGCCAAACUUUUAGAGCAGUUUCGGGAGUCUGAAGUUAAACAAGUCUCUAACAUUUUUCAAGGAAUUGCCAUCCAUGUUAAUGGUCUCACAAAACCACCAAUGAAUGAACUGAAAGAUCUAAUGGCUGCCCAUGGAGGGCUGUUUCAUGGUUAUCAAGUUUCGAGUACAACACAUAUCAUAGCUUCCAAUCUGCCAAAUGUUAAGAUAAAACACCUAGGAUCAGUGCCAAUUGUCAAGCCCGCUUGGAUUACCGAUAGUAUUUCUAUGGGAAAACUUUUAGAGUAUCAAAGAUAUUUACUUUAUACAAAUCAAAGUAAGACUCAACCAAAAAUAGUAUUUCCUGUUGUCGAAAAACAUUCAAGUGUGGAAGAAGUCGAGGCAAAAGUUUCAAGUAAAUUUGAGGAAAAUAUAGUUGAUUCAGUUAAAGAUGUUCACAAGGUUCAAACUCUUAGUUCAAUUAAUACAGAUAUGAAGCAAUCAAUGGAUAUGUAUGAAAAUAAAGAAGAUAAGUAUAAGCCAGUUGAAAACAUUUGCAAGAUUGCAAGUCAUCUUGAUACAAAUGAUGUGUAUAUGAAAGAGGAAGUGGACAUUUCUGAUGAAUCCAAUAUUUUAAAAAAUAGGUCAAAUCAAAGUAAUAAACUUUCUGUAAAAACGGCCUCAGAUCCCAAAUUUCUAGAAGAAUUCUAUAGUAAUUCCAGACUUCAUCUGAUAUCUACUCUUGGAGCUGAGUUCAAACAACUGGUUGGAGAAAUGCGGCUGAAAUCUAAUGGCCAAUUUCCAGGGAAAGAGAAGUUGCUUUUGACUAAAGGAAAUGCAACAGCAAAUUCAAUAUCUGACAUCAUAAUAAUGCACAUAGAUAUGGACUGUUUUUUUGUUUCGGUUGGUCUCAGAAAUAACCCAGACCUUAGAGGUAAACCUGUUGCUAUUACUCAUGCUCGUAGGGGUCAGUUAACUAAUACUAGGCCAGAACAAGAAGCUAACAGAAAGCAGGAGUUUGCUUUGUACUAUGACCAAUUACCACUGGGUGCAAUUUCACGAGUAGAUAAAUUAGAUACCCAGUCCAGUAUGUCAGAGAUAGCCAGCUGUAGUUAUGAGGCUAGAAAAUGUGGAGUGAAAAAUGGAAUGUUUCUUGGGCAGGCAGUGAAGCUUUGUCCAAAUCUGAAUACCCUCCCCUAUGAUUUUGAGGGCUACAAAGAAGUAUCAAAUAUAUUAUAUAGGACCAUUGCUUCAUAUACUUUAGAUAUUGAAGCAGUAAGUUGUGAUGAAAUGUUCGUAGACGUCACAGGUAUUCUGAAAGAAACAGGACUAACCGUAGACGAAUGGGCCACUCAUAUAAGGCAAGAAAUUAUGUCAGCUACUGGAUGCCCCUCUUCCACUGGUUUUGGAGCUAACCGUCUUCAAGCAAGAUUAGCUACUCGUAAAGCCAAACCUGCAGGUCAAUACCAUUUGCAACCUAGCAACCUUGAAUUCUACAUGUCAGAAAUUCCCCUCUCUGAUCUACCAGGCGUUGGAAGAGCCACUUUACAUAAACUUAAAAAUUUAGGAUUGAAUACUUGUGGCGAUGUACAGGAAACUUCUUUGAAAGUGUUACAGGCAGAAAUAGGUCAAAGAGCUGGGGAAACACUCAAAGAACAAUCUAGAGGUAUUGAUCGUAAACCACUCAGCUUUAAUCAUGAAAGAAAAUCUGUUUCUGCUGAAAUUAAUUAUGGAAUUCGUUUUAAAACAUUAGAUGAAUGUUAUAACUUUUUACGAAGCCUGUCGAACGAAGUAUACACAAGGCUCUAUGAUAUAAAGAAGAGAGCUAGAUGUCUCACUUUGAAAUUGCUAAUUAGAUCUCCGGAAGCACCUGUGGAAACGGCAAAGUAUUUGGGCCAUGGAAUCUGCGACAGCCUAACCAAAACUGCAACAAAUAUUAUAAUAAAUAGUCCUGAAAUUGUUUUUAAAGAGUGUAAAACUUUGUAUGAAAAACUGAACCCAUCAAUCGCUGAUUUGAGAGGCGUGGGAAUUCAUUUGAGUAAAUUGGAAAACAUCACAGUUCAGGAUACGGCCCUAAGCAAUUUUUUGAAGUUAUCAUCAAAUAAGAACAUUGUAAAGCCAAACAGAGAUAUUGAAAAGCCAAAUAAGGAUGAGAUUGAAAGCAGAGAAAAUGAAACUUCAACAAUUUUAAAGAGUAAAGAAAGUUCAUCAAAUCAAGAGGUUAGAAAGUCCAGUAGAGGCCGUCCAAGGAAAAACAACAACAGUAGUGAAAAUAAAAUAGUUAAACCUACAUCCAAGCCACUGACUGAUUUUUUUGGAAAAACCAAGAAUUUGGAAAUAAGUGAAAAAUCGCAAAAGUAUGUUCCAGUGAAAGGUGAGAUCGAUUUAGGAGUACUCAGUGAGCUUCCCGAGGAAUUGAGAAAAGAAAUAAUGAAAGAAUACAAGUUAGAAAGUACUAUUCCAUCUACAUCAAAAAUUGAAAUGGAAACUCAAAAGAAGCCAGUGAAAAUUCGUCAUAAACAUUCAAAUAAAGGUCAAACUCAAUCUAGAAGUCAUCCAUUCAAAAACCUUACGUGGGAUCAAUUCAAGCCAGUGAUAGAAAAGUGGACGCUAUCAGGCGAGAACCCAAGACAAGUUGAUGUUGAAAUGAUAGCUAAUCAUUUCAAAAAACUUGCACUUGAUAGAAAAAUUGAGAGUUUGAAAAUUACUUUCAGUUUUCUCCAUAGACUUUUUUCGGUGCUAAAUUGUAACUGGCAUGGAGCUUAUUUCAAAAUAGUAAAUAUUAUGCAAGAGGGAAUGGUUGCAAGAUAUGGAGGAACUUUGAUGGUCAGAAGGAAGUUUCAGUGUUGUGAAAUGGAUUUGGAUUCAAAGAACACGCAUAAUGGCUCUACACACACUCUGUAGUAUUAAUUGAGUGCUCUCAUGUAUAUAUUUUAUGUAAAUAUUUUUUUCAUUUUUAAUAAAUAAUAGAUGAGCAGCUUC